CUCAAAAGUCACGCAUCGCACUGUGUAGGGGAUAUAUCGUAGUUCACUGCUUGUUCGUUUAUUAUUAUUGUAGUAAUAGUUUUAACUUGUAAAAUACAUCGCGUAUUUUUAUUAUUUUUUUUUUUUACAUUUUUGAUGUGAGAAUUUGCUGUAGUGCUAAGUUUUUUUUUUCUAUAACGGUAAACAGGUGUUUUAAAAUGUCUUUAGAAGAGGAUGGAUUUGUUGUUCGGGUUAGAGGAUUACCGUGGUCUUGUACUCCAGAAGAAAUUGCUGAUUUCUUUUCAGAUUGCAACGUUUUAGGUGGAGUUGAUGGCAUAAAUUUUACUUUUACAAAAGAAGGAAAAACAAGUGGGGAGGCUUUUGUAGAGCUGGCAACCGGGGAAGACCAAAUAAAGGCUCUUGAAAAGGAUCGAAAGUACAUGGGCCAUAGAUACGUUGAAGUUUUUAAGUCAGAUAGGAGUGAAAUGGAUUGGAUCUUGAACCGUUGUGGCCCCAGUGAUUAUGACAGCAGCAGUGGUUGUAUGGUACGUCUUCGGGGACUGCCAUUUGGCUGCAGCAAGGAAGAAAUUGUGCAGUUCUUUUCAGGGUUGAAAAUCGUGCCAAAUGGGAUAACAUUGCCGAUGGACUACCAGGGGAGAAACACAGGGGAAGCCUUCGUGCAGUUUGCUUCAAAGGAGAUAGCAGAAAAAGCUCUGGGGAAACACAAGGAAAGAAUAGGGCACAGGUACAUUGAAAUUUUCAAGAGCAGUUCCAAUGCAAUUCAGGCAUACUAUGAACAGCCACGAAGGAUGAUGGUACAAAGACCUGGACCAUACGAUAGGCCAAUGCCUGGGCGUGGAGGAUUUUUUGGACCUUUGCCUGGUAGAGGAGGAGGAGGAGGUGGUGGAGGUGGAGGUGGAGGCAGCAGCGGAAGCUUGUUAGAUCCAAUGCGUGGACCGGGUGGAUAUGGUGGUGGUUAUGGAAGAUUUGACAACUAUAAUGGCUUCAAUAACUAUUGCUUUGGCAAUGGCAUGUUUGAUGACCAAAUGAGGGCUGACCGAGGCAGAGGUGUGAGUGGACCGGGCUUCCGCGGCUCUGGAGAUGCCAGUUCUGGUUUUCACAGUGGCCAUUUUGUCCAUAUGAGAGGCCUUCCUUUCAGAGCCACAGAAGCAGAUAUUGCUAAAUUUUUCUCUCCAUUAAAUCCCAUGAGAGUUAACAUCGAUGUGACUCCCAAUGGAAAGGCUACUGGAGAAGCUGAUGUAGAAUUUGCAACACAUGAAGAUGCAGUAUCGGCCAUGUCUAAAGACAAAAGCCACAUGCAGCACCGCUACAUUGAGCUGUUUUUGAAUUCUACUGCCAGCGGUAACUCCGAGAUGGGUAAUCCAUGGAGUUGCACUUCCGGUAAAACUGGAACUCUUGGAACUUACGAAGGUGGCUAUGCAAACCCGGACAAUAUGGGAGGAUAUGGUCGAGGAGGUGGUGGAGGAGGAGGAGGAGGUGGCGGUGGCGGUGGGUUUAGCAGUAUGGCUGGAGCCCUGGGCAUGCAAGGAGGCAACCGAGGAGGACUGAGAGGACUGUUUUAAGUGAAGUUUUUGUUUUCAGUGGACCAGGCUAAAUGAAACUUGUACUUCAAACUCUUUAUAAGAAAGGGAGGAGUGUUGUUUAUUAUUAUGCAUUUUAGAUGUGCGUUCUUAAGAUGUUCUCAAUGUCUUAGAAUGUUACCACGACACUUUGAGGUCUCUCCAUAAAAGAAGCCUGCUGUUGUACAUUUUGCUUAUUAAACUUUUCUAUUGAA